AUGUCAAAACCAACAACUAUAAAAGAUGCUAUAAAAAGAUGGGAAGAAAAACACCCAGAUCAAAAUAUUGGCGAAGCUUUGGAAGUGGGUUUUCAGUUCCAAUGGCCACCCAUCGAAAAAAUGGACAAUUCUCUUUCGGCUCUAACUAAAUGCGUUAAGCUUAGCUUGUCUACAAAUAUGAUCGAAAAAAUAGCUGGUAUUAGCGCUCUGAAGAACUUGAAGAUCUUAUCACUGGCGAGGAAUUACAUCAAAUCAUUUUCUGGAUUGGAAGGAGUGGCCGAUACAUUAGAAGAAUUAUGGAUAUCUUAUAAUUUGAUCGAAAAAGUCAAGGGCGUUGCAGUUUUGAAAAAACUUAAAGUAUUAUAUAUUGGGAAUAAUGUUAUUAAAGACUGGGGAGAAUUCAAUAAAUUUUCCGAAUUACCAGCACUGGAAGAUUUAUUAUUUGUUGGGAAUCCCCUUUACGACAAUACUGAUGAGGCCGUUUUCAGAGUCGAGGCAGCCAAACGCUUACCAAAUUUAAAAAAAUUAGAUGGAGAACCUAUACUCAGAGAUGAAGAAUGA